UACAAGAUGUACAAGGUUGCCUGCUUGCUAGUUGUUGGUCUUAUUGCCGUGGUUUUCGGCGUUCCUUCCACAAAUGAUGCUGAACACGUGUGGGUGGCAGGAAAUCUGUCGUAUCCAUUGCCCAGCAAUGUUGUGCUUGGAGGAUUCGAUCCUUAUGGCUACAACACGUACGUCGGCCGAGUUACUUAUGCCACCAACGUUUUGCCCGCCCGAGUCGUGGCUGAAACGGGCGUUGCCCAUUUCAAUACGGACACCAUAAGCAAUAAGGGCGUGACCUAUCAGCUAUUGACUACCCGGCCGAAUGUAGAUUUCGAGUGGGUGCGCAGCUUCGAUGGCUACUACGAGAGAGACGCCGUCGCCGUGGGCACUACCCAUUGGAAUGAACGUGUCUAUAUUUGCCGUGCCAAGGCCGAUGGCGGUUUGCUAAUUGGCACACUAUUCCUAUCAAAAAAGAAUUGCAUUAUCAAGAACGACGACUUGCCUUUGCGUCAAUUCGACAAAUACGAGACGCUCGUAGCUAAGUAUAAGAACAGCACUUCCGUUUACUAAGCCUUAAAUAAAUUAGACCUAAUUAAAAAUAUAGUA